AUGGAGAAAGUGCGGGCCGCCUGGGGAAGAAUCCUGCGGCUCACGCGCAGAAGGCAGCCAGCGCGCGCCCGCGGCGAGGACGCCACGAGGCCCGGCAGGGCUCGCGCGAGGAGCCCGCGCCCGCGGACCGUGCAGGAGCCCCUGGAGCCCGGGCCUCCCGCCCAGCCGAGGAGGAGGCGGCGCUCGCAGGGCGCAACUAUACAGCUGGAUGUUGUAGAAGCGGAGACAGAGGAGAUAACCCAAGGAAAUGCACUCCUCAGGGCCCGGAGAACCACCAAGCGAUUAUCUGUGACGUCUCUGCCGUCAGGGCUGCAAAAGGUGGACGACCUUAUCGAAACAGUGACUGAUAAAUCCAUGAAGCUGUUGGCUCAGAGACACGCCGAGCUUCAGCAGUGUGAGUUUCUAGGAGAUGAAAUUCUUCAGUCUUCUAAGCAGUUCCAGAGGAUGUCCAAGAGAACCACGAGGAAGUACAAACUGAAAAAUGUGUGCUUCCCCUGUACCUGCUGCUGCUGACUUUUCUGGAUAAGUUAUUUUUUGUAGAGAUUCUUAUCGUUUGAUAUAUACUCUGGAAUAAAUCUCUCUAGUGAAUUAAUAAAUGGUAUGGGGGUUUUUUAAAAAGACUCUUCUGCCCAGCAGUUCUUUAAAAAAGACUUUAUCUCAAAAAUUGACAGUUUUUUUGCUGCAUAAUCCUUACUAAUAAUGGAAAACAGAAACAUUUCUCAGGGCUUAGCAUUUCUACAGAUUCCUCCCGUAAUAGUUUUCCAGAUGAAAUUAGAGGAAGCAUUUAAAGGUAUUUUGACACCUUUAAUAUGACUACUACUGAGGUAAUUUUAAACUUUCAUUUUUAAAGAUAAUUCUUAUUAAGGUACGAUUCAUGCAGUGUCAUGUCUCUGAGCUAAAAUAAAUGGGUAAGAGUGGAACCUGAGAAGCACUGUACACGUAAUUCAAUCCUUUAGAAAAUUACAAGUGAUUCAGCCUUUGCUUAAUUUUUACAAUCAUCAUGAAACCCUUUA